GGGCUCUAACAGUCAUUGAGACAGUCGAAGAGUGAGGCCUUGUUUCUCAGUUGUUCAAAAUUGUAAUGUAUUUGUUGUACCUGCCAUGUAUAUAGAAAAGUUUACGUAUAAAUACUUCUUGUACAUCAGACCUCAUCGUUUCCUGCCUGCGUUUGAUCAACAACUGCCGAUCAUCGUCCGAUAAGCUUCAAGUUCCAACGGUGAAGCGAGGACGGAGAACGAACGAAACUUUACUGGCGCAGCACGACAGGAUCGGCAAGCCCCACAACGAGCAACGAGCAGCGAGCCAGGCGCAAGGCAUCAGAGGGCUACCAGCCAAUUCCGCAACGGUUGCAAUUCAUCUGGACGAGGACGUCAGGCGGCGCCCCCAGCAGCAACGGGUGAGCGGGAUUCCUUGCGUUUUGUCUAGGUUGGCAUGGCUGUUGUUCAGUGAGGUUAAUGGUGUUCACGCGCAGAACAGCGAAUGCGAGUGAGGCUAACGUAAACAUUGAUACGGCAUCUGAACAAAGAGAGGGUCAGAGACGGCAGGAACUACAACGCAUCGGAGAGACCGAGUCUGAGACGUCGGAUACUGAAAUGGAUAGUGAGACGCAAGGAGCUUCGCAGGCUCCGAGCACGACAGAUCCAGAGGCCAUGGCGGUGAGACGCCUGGAGCUGGAGCUGGAAAAGGUGCGCCUACAGCUAGAGUGCGAGCGCAUUGCUCUACGGAGAGUGGAGCUCGAGCAGUCGAGCAGGCCGCAUUCGGAGUCGGAAGGAAGCGAUCGGCGCGGUGCCAUCACGGAUGGAAUAGCACAAUGUGCUAAAGUGCUUAAGGCAUACCGGUUGCCGUGUGACGCUGACGUUCCGAUAUGGUUUGAUGAGGUCGAAAAGUUGUUUACAUCUUUUCAAGUACCGGCACAUAGCCGGGUACAUUUGAUCAUGCCUGCGCUGGCCGAGCGGGUCCGUUAUCUGUUGCGUGGCCUUAAUGACGAGGAAUGUACAGAUUAUGAGACUGUAAAGAAGGCAGUAUUAGAUGAACUUAAGCUCACGCCAGCUAAAUACUUGGAGAGGUUUGAGAAGGCAUCUAAACGAAAGGAGGAAACUUGGGCUCAGUUCGCGUCCCGCGCUAGAACCUAUUUGGCCUAUUACCUUCAGUCACGCACUGCAAACACCAAAGAAGCUAUGACGGAGCUUAUGGUCGCUGACCGUAUGAAAGCUAGUCUAAGCUCAGAAGCCCUAGAAUAUGUUCUUUUGCGGGAAGGCGAAGAUUGGUUUAAGCCAGUGGAGGUGGCAAAAGUACUCGAGACUUUCGAGCAAGCUAAAGGGAAAGGACGAGCAACUAAGCCAGCCGCAACAGCCUCAUUGCCGCAGCGCGCAAAACUAGCUGGCCCGCAGAGGACAAAUUUAAGAUGCCACGUGUGUCAUAUACAGGGUCACCUAGCCAGAGACUGCCCAAAAGCUUCAGAUAAAGAACCGCAGGGGAAGCCACCGACUGUGCAAAAACAAAGGGUACAGAAGGUUGCUGUUGUAAGUGAAGAACCUCCACCAGAGCAAGAAAGGGUGCUAAGCGCUAGAGUACAUGUCGUAGCUCAAAAUGCUAGCUCGGGGAGGUCGAAGCUGGACCUAAUCCCUAUCAUGUGCGGGGAUAUAGCAACGGAAGCUGUGUUGGACACAGGUAGUGAGAUAACGGUAGUCCGUAAAAGUAUGUUGCCCAUCGAUUUACAGGAGCCAUCACGAACAGUAAGACUUGAGUCGGCAUUCGGAAACACCAUUCGAGCUAAGCUAGCUACGCUGCCCGUAGGCAUGCAUCGCCCGGGGGCUGUGAUACAACCGCAGAGGAUCGAUCUGGUGUGCGCGGUUACCGACGAACUUGCAAACGGGGUUGACUGCCUGCUGUCAAAGGAAGAUUGGGAACUACUACGGGCGCAGGAAAAAGAGGAGUUUGGAGAGGAAAAUAUUCCGCGGGUAGGGGUCCGAUCAGUCGAAAUGGUCGAUAACACUGAGCCGGACUGCGGUCUAAGUUUCGAAGAAACGACAGAGCAAAUGCCUAAGUGGCAAGAGAAUAGUUUCAUACAAGAUGUCACUGGGGUGCCCAGUCAGCGGGAGCUAGAACUAGCCGAGAGUGUAGCUGAGUUGACAGGCACCGAGUGCCAGAGCAAACAUGCUCUAGUUUACAAUAGGAGGGCACGGACUAAAGAAUUUAAUGUCGGGGACCAAGUACUCCUCUUUGACACAGGUUGGGCAACCAAGAUAGCUGCCAUAGAAGGUCUUGUGCCACCUCACACAAAGAAAGAGCUGCGAAGUCUGUUGGGGCUUUGUGGGCAUUAUCGGGACUAUGUCUCAAACUACGCCGACGUGGCGAGCCCGCUUACAGCUUUGACAAGGCGAGGGGUUCCUAAUUCAAUUCCAUGGUCGGAAGAAGCGCAGUGCGCGUUCGAAAGUCUGAAAUUAGCUCUCUGUCAGGCUGUCGCCAUGAACACGCCUGAACCUCAUCAGCCGUACCGGCUAUUCACUGAUGGGUCGGCGACGGCGGCCGGUGCCUGUUUAGCUCAAAUGUCAGCGGACGGAGAAGAAAAGCCGAUCGCUUUUGCUAGCCACCGCUUUAACCCGACACAGGCGCGCUGGUCGACUAUAGAGAGAGAAGCCUUUGCCAUUAUUUGGGCACUCAAGAAAUUUGACUACUGGCUUUUCGGAGCAGUGGUGAAUGUUGUCUCUGAUCAUAACCCACUGUCAUAUUUGACAACCAGCACCCCGCAGGGGGCCAAGUUAGCAAGAUGGGCGCUUUCACUACAGCGCUACAAUGUAACGGUGCGUCACCGGAAAGGAACAUGUAACGCCAAUGCUGAUGCAUUGUCAAGGCUCUCGAAUCGUUCAUGGGAGCCAAUCGAGUAAAGAGCAGAAACGAAAGGAUGGACAGAAACAGCCAUGCCAGCUGGGACAGGCGUGAAUGUUCCCGUUCACCCGAAGAAUGUGUGUGUGGGACAGUUCAGCCUUGGUGGAACUUUCUGUGGCUGUUGUCGUCUAUGUGUGUGAGGGUUAUAAGACUAUGGACAUACUAUGUAUAUAACCUGCAUAUGUUACUUUGCUGCUGUUGUGCCGUGCAGUGCGUUGGAGUGUUCCUGUACAUACAUGAGUGUUUCUUUUGCAUGCUCACUGUCAUGAAUGUGUUGAGCUUUCGCCCUUUUCUUUUGUCGCUCUGAGAAAAUUGUUUUUUCUCCGUGGUCCUUUCAGUUAAUUUUCCUGUUCCUUACGGACUCCGCAGCACCCGUGUUGGGCAGCGUAUGUCGAUUUUCUUUGACGACGGAACCUUCAGAGCCUAAAUCUUAUGAUACAGCGCCCUUUGGCUCUUGUAGUAUAGCUGGGAACAUUGUAAGCCCAGUAUACUCUUUAGGAGGGACGUGUAAGGUCGCUCUGAUUGUUCGGGUUCUUAAGUCUCACGAAUCGGCCUCGUGCUUUGUGUAUAGAGAGGGGGUUCACUUCCCCCCAUGUCAGCGGGGCGACAGUUGCUGUGUUAUGCGGGGUCACAGGCAACGCGCGGGGUUUAGGUGACGCGUCGCGGCAGGUGCCAGGCGGGCGUGUGCCGAUUGCUGGAAGUCAGUAUUGUGCGCACGAUGUUGGCAGUCCGCUGACGGGUCACACAGACCAGCCUUGAAACGAACCGCUGUACAAAAGGUAUUGUGAGCCUGGCGCCCGAGUCCCUGACUAAUUGGAGGCGCCGCCGAGGUUAAGAAGGACUUAGCAACUCUGACUCCGUGCUGCAUGCAGUGAGCAUGGACCUAAUCCUCUACGCCUCCGGAAGGUAAUCGCCAGCAUUGUUGUUGGGUGCGACUGCCUGCGUGGUGUCUAAGACCAGCUUACCGUGCACGCUGUAGGAAUGCGGUGCGCACGUAAAGAGUGCAUUCGCACGACGGCGUCUUGGAAACACGCACUCAAAGAACUUUGUCUUGUAGACAAUAAAUUUGAAGGACAAGGAGGGUCAUCCGUCUCCCAGACGGCCAAACUUUGAGUACAGCGGCACUUCGUGGUGCCGGUGCCCCUGCUUCCGAGACAGGUGCAGCCUAGACGCCGUUGGCAUUUGAAACGGUCUAGCGAUAACUUGUUCGGGCCUGGCGUGUUUUGCUGAGUCGGUCACUCACUACGGAGAAAUGAGAGGGCAACGGAGUUUUGGCGAAGAAGGAAAAUAGCUUUGUUUUCCAAUAUGUUUAUUUUUAAGAGCAAGCCCAUCCCUGUGGGUGGUGGCUUAACAAACGGUUGACUCUGAUUGGCAACUGAACCUGUGGGACGGGCCAACGGCCCUACCGCCUUUUUUUCUUUGUAUAUUUGGGCUAUAAAAAUCGGGACG